AUGGACAGGCGCUACCUCGCCCCACCCCGGCCCCCGCGCAACAUGAGCAACCCCACUGUCAGCGCACUCCCGAGCCUCACCGGCCAAGUGUGCAAGUCCGGCGGGGGCGCUGUUGGCGGGGGCGGGUUCGGAGACGUUUUCAUUGGUGUGUGGGCGAGCGGUGAUGGGGCGAGUCAGAAGGUCGCGAUCAAGACAGUGCGCCUGCACCACGGCGGCGACUCGGCGCGCGUGCUCAAGAAGUUCAAACUCGAAGCCAACGUCUGGGCCGAGCUCAGCCACGCGAACAUCGCCCCCUUCCUCGGGAUCGCGACCGACCUCGGCCCGCGCCCAGACAUACUCUCCGUCAUCUCGCCGUGGUACGAGCACGGCUCGCUGUACGCGUACUAUGAGCGCGAGUGGACGAGGGGGCGGAGAGAGGUACCGAGGAAACAGCGGGACAACUUCAUGCUCGGCGUCCUCUCCGGCCUCGUCUACCUCCACACGCGCUCCCCGCCCGUCGUGCACGGCGACCUGUCCAUGUCGAACGUCCUCAUCGACUCUGCGGGCCAGCCGCGCCUCGCCGACUUUGGGCUCGCGCUCGUGGUCGACACGCCGGGGUUCACGACUGUCAGCGUGAGCGGGCAGGCAAAGUACAUGGCCGCCGAGCUGCUGCAGUCGGCGCCGCCGCCAGCGAUGGGAGGGUUGAGCGCGAGCUUCAGUGCGCCGAAGAAGACGAAGGAGACGGAUCUGUGGGCGUUUGGGAUUUUAGCGCUCGAGAUCCAAACCAACCUCGAGCCCUACAUCGAUGCCACAACACGCGCAACGCUCAACGAAGCCCAAAUACUCCGCAGCGUGCCCAGAGGCCUGCGUCCCGACCCCGCGCGCUUCACUCCCGCCCUCGAUCCCUCCGUCCGGUCGUCGUGCACGCACUGCUGGGAUGCAGACCCGAAGAAGCGAUACACGGCCGAGAAGCAUCUGGGGUAUUUGACGCGGCCGAGGCGAUGAUCGAAGGUUUGAAGGGGGAAGUGGGAUGUUGGCCUGGGAUAAGGUGUGGUUCGAUUAUGCAUUCAUAUACCCGCUAGAGUUGUAUCAUACGGUGCCAUUAAUGAGCAUAUAAGUAUC